GAAAAAAAAUAAACGGCAAUGGGUUCUGCAAUUUGACUGAAGAAUCACCCUUCAUCCAAUAUCUUACAAAGUUGAAACGACCAUGCGAAUGUUGACUUCAAGAAGCCCCAAUCCCAGUCAUCGUGUGUCUCAUGUCUAAAACCCUUCUCUCUCGCAUUAAACCCCUUCACAACUCCAAACUCGGUUCAACUUCACCAUAUCUUGUCUCGCCACGGACCAAGAAACUCGUUAAUGAAACUAUCCACAUCCUUAAAACUCACCAGCAAUGGCAAGAGUCCAUCGAUGCUCUUUAUGCUGACGAAGAAACCUGCGUUUCAGAGAUUUCCCAUCAUGUUUUUGAUCGACUUCAUGACUUGCAGCUGGGCCUCAAGUUCUUUGACUGGCUUUUUAAACAGCAGCCACGGCGUUUUCCGUCAAAUGGGUAUGCUUAUUCUUCGUUUUUGAAGCUUUUGGCGAGAUUUAGAGCUUCUGAUUAUUUUGAAAAUGUUCUGGAGAAUAUUAAGACAGAAGAUAUAAAGCCUACGCAUGAGGCAUUAAGUGCCGUAAUCCGAGCAUGUGCAGAUUCUGGGUUGGUUGAUAAGGCUAUCGAGUUGUACUAUUUUGUGGUUGAAUUAUAUAAUUGUGUGCCUAAUGUGUUUGCUUGUAACUCCUUGCUUGAUGUGCUUGCGAAAGCAAAGAGAACUGAAGUUGCACGCCAGGUGUAUAAUGAAAUGGUUGAGCGAGAUGGCUGUGUGGAUAACUAUAGUACUUGUAUAAUAGUGAGGGGUUUGUGUAAUGAAGGGAAGGUUGAGGAGGGUAGAAAGCUCAUGGAGGAGAGUUGGGGAAAAGGUUGUGUUCCAAACAUCGUGUUUUAUAAUACACUCAUCCAUGGCUACUGCAAGAAAGGUGAUGUUGGAAGUGCCAAUUUGCUUUUUAAGGAGUUGAAAAUGAAGGGUUUUUUAGCUUCCCUGGAGACAUAUGGAACAAUGAUAAAUGGGUUUUGCAAGAAAGGGAAUUUCAAGGCAGUUAAUGGACUUUUAAUGGAAAUGAAAGAAAGGGGCUUAAAAGUUAAUGUUCAAGUAUGUAACAAUAUUAUAGAUGCUCAGUAUAAGCAUGGUUUUAAGGUUAAAAUGGGAGAAACUGUCAGAUGGAUGAUUAAGAAUGAUAUUGAGCUUGAUAUUACUACCUAUAAUACCUUGAUUAAUAGUUCAUGUAAGGAUGGGAAAGUUGAAAAAGCAGAUCAACUCUUAGAACAUGCAAUUAAGAGGGGACUAACGCCAAAUAGAUUUAGUUAUACUCCUCUUAUACAUGCCUAUUGCAGGAGAGGGAAUUACAGUAGAGCUUCCAGUUUGCUAAUUGAGAUGACCGAAAGAGGACAGAAGCCUGAUUUAGUCACUUAUGGAUCUCUUAUUCAUGGGCUUGUUACUUCAGGAGAGGUGGAUGCUGCAUUGACCGUUCGCGAUAAGAUGGUGGAAAGAGGAGUAAUGCCUGAUGUUGCUAUUUAUAAUGUUUUGAUGAAUGGGCUUUGUAAGAAAGGAAGGAUACCUGUUGCCAAACUCCUCUUCGCGGAGAUGCUUGACCAAAAAUUGCAGCCAGAUGCAUUUGUUUGUGCCACUCUUGUAGAUGGGUUUGUUAGGAAUGGUAAUAUUACUGAGGCAAUAGAACUCUUUAAACUGACAAUAGAAAAGGAUGUGGAUCCUGGUGUGGUGGGAUUCAAUGCCAUGAUUAAAGGUUAUUGCAAAUUUGGAAUGAUGGAGGAUGCUCUAUCUUGUAUGAAUAGAUUGAUAAAAGGACAAUCUGUACCAGAUGAGUUCACUUAUUCCACAAUUAUACAUGGAUAUGUAAAGCAGCAUGACAUGACUAGUGCAUUGAGGAUGUUUAGGCAGAUGGUGAAACAGAAAUGCAAACCAAAUGUUGUCACCUACACCUCUCUUAUUAAUGGAUUUUGCAGCAAAGGAGAUCUAACCAUGGCUGAGAAAACCUUUAAAGAGAUGCACUCAUGUGGUUUGGUGCCUAAUGUAAUCACGUACAGUAUACUUAUAGGCAGCUUCUGUAAGGAUGGUAAUCUCAGAAAAGCUGCCUUAUUUUUUGAACUAAUGCUGAUGGCGAAGUGCAUUCCAAAUGAUGUUACUUUCAAUUAUUUGGUUAACGGAUUUUCAAAUAAAGCACCAAGUUUAAUUUCUAAUGAAGCAAAUGACUCUCAACAGGAAAAGAAACCUAUGUUUCUGGAAUUUUUUGAAAGGAUGAUAUCUGAUGGAUGGGCUCAAAAACCUGCUGCCUACAACUGUAUCCUUCUCUGUCUAUGCCGACAUCGGAUGCUUCAAACUGCUUUCGAGUUACGGGAUAGGAUGGUGAGCAAGGGUUUUCUUCCAGAUUCUGUUUCUUUUGCUGCUCUGCUUCAUGGGAUAUGCUUGGAAGGAGAAUCAGAAUGGAGAGCUAUGAUCUCUUGUGAUUUAAAUGAACAUGAGCUCCAAAUUGCUGUCAAGUAUUCACAUAUUCUAAACCAGUAUAUACCUGAAGGAGAGAGAUCCAAAGCCUCACUUAGUUUGCAGGCAUUGGUUGAACAAAACAAGUCUCAGAACCAACAGGUGCAUGAUCUGAGAGUCUUAGUGCAAUAGAAGAUUAAAUGAGGGAAGGUCAAAGAAAUUGUCUAAAACUAUAUAAGACAAUGGGAAAUCAUCCCUGGUUGGCCCUUCAGUUGAGGAGGCCAAGUGAUUUGGGAACCCUUUGGAAUGAAUGUUGAAAAUGAGAAGCAGUGAUCAUGGAUGUAUCCUCAUCAUCUGGCUGCACAAAAAUCAAUCAUCUCAAGUGACCCCGAGAAUUUCAGUCCUGUGAGAAUUCGGGAUAGAUCGUGGUA